AUGGAAAAUUUAAAAGAUGAACUUGAUUUAAACGCUGCAUCUUGGAGUUUAACUGGUAGUUGGAAAACAAAUUCAAUUGUGUAUAUAUCAAAGAACGCAUGUAGUAGUUUUAAAAUGAUCUGUGGAUACGCGUGGUAUUCAAUUAUGAAAGCAUUUAACUCUCCUAAAACAAACCGUCCAAUUCCACCGGGCGCAUACAUUACAUUAGGGAUAGAUUUGAAGGAAUUUGAAAAUCAUCAUAACUUUCCAAAAGUGUAUUUUUAUGGAAAAUAUAAAUUCACGUAUAAGAUGAAAAAUUUAAAAAAUGAUGUACUUGGUUGCGCUGAAUUGGAGUUGAGUCCUAUACGACCGUGGGAAUAA